AUGUAUACCACAGACACCAAAAUAAGGCCAUUAAUAAUACUCGAAUGGAUCUACUUAUAUAUUGUUCUGUUUUUCGGGCUCUCGUCAAUCAUUCUCGGCUGUUAUUUCACAUUCAUGACAAGGCAUGGAAAAAGUCGAAUGUUCGAUGAACGUAUUAAUGAGAAUGCUUCAGAAUCAUCAGAAGAUGAUGAGUUUGUCGGUGAGACAAUGAGCGCCACCACUCAACAAUCACCGGAAGACGUUGCGGAUGUAACCGUAUCAAGCGCCACGAGUUUGAUACCAAUAGUUGUUCCAGCUACACCACUCUCAUCUAAGCACUCAGCACUAUAA